AUAAUAAAUUAACAAACAUAACACAUAAAUCCAAAAACCUUUUUCUUUCAGUCUUCACUUUUUCAGUCUUCGCUGCUCCUUCCAUGAACUUUCCCCUUUCGUCUUCACUCUUUAUCUUCUGAUUCCACAAAAAAUUCCCAAUAUUCUUUCUUCACUAACAACAUUCUUAUCCUUGGGACUCUUAAAAUUCAUUCAUAUCAUCAAAAUUCACUCAUAUACGGACGAAAUCUGCUGAUUUUCACUUAUUUUCAUCAUCUAUGGGUAUCGAAAUCGAAAACGAAGGUGAGAAUACAGAGAAAAUAGGUGAAUUAAAUUUGAGUAGAUUAUCAUCAAUUACGAACCUGCCAUCGCUUUCGACAUCACCAACACCUUCACCAUCAUCAACAGCAUCAACGCCGGCACUGGUACUAUCAAAUUCCGGUAAAAGAUUUGAUCAAUCGUUUAAAAAGAAGUAUGUGAAACAAGUUACAGGGAGACAUAAUGAUACGGAGCUUCAUUUAGCUGCACAAAGAGGAGAUCUUGUUGCUGUCAAGCAGAUUUUGGGUGAUAUUGAUGCUCAGAUGACUGGUACUUUGAGUGGUGCUGAAUUUGAUGCUGAAGUGGCUGAGAUUAGGUCUGCUGUUGUUAAUGAGGUUAACGAAUUGGGGGAGACGGCGCUGUUUACGGCGGCGGAUAAAGGGCAUCUUGAUGUGGUGAAAGAGUUGUUGAAGUAUACUACUAAAGAGAGUAUUUCGAGGAAGAAUCGAUCUGGUUUCGAUGCAUUGCAUGUUGCUGCUAGUCAAGGCCACCAAGCUGUGGUUCAGGUUCUAUUGGACCAUGAUCCAGGAUUAAGCAAAACAGUUGGUCCAUCAGGUGCGACUCCUCUUAUAUCUGCAGCUACUAAGGGGCAUACAGCUGUUGUGUUAGAAUUGCUAUCGAGAGAUUCUAGCAUGGUAGAGGUUCCACGAUCCAAUGGGAAAAAUGCAUUGCAUUUAACUGCUCGACAAGGUCAUGUAGAAAUUGUGAAAGCGUUGUUGGAUAAGGAUCCACAACUGGCGCGCAGGACUGAUAAGAAAGGACAAACUGCUUUACAUAUGGCUGUGAAAGGGCAUAGCUGUGAAGCCGUGAAGUUGCUUCUCGAUGCAGAUUCAGCUAUUGUUAUGCUUCCCGACAAGUUUGGUAACACAGCGUUACACGUAGCCACCAGGAAAAAGCGGGCAGAGAUAGUGAAUGCGCUCUUAUACCUCCCUGACAUCAAUGUAAAUGCUCUAACCAGAGACCAUAAGACAGCACUUGACAUAGCUGAAGGACUCAAUCUGUCUGAAGAAUCUACAGAAAUUAGAGAGUGCUUGGCCAGCCGUGGUGCAAUCAGGGCAAAUGAACUUAACCAGCCGAGGGAUGAACUUCGGAAAACUGUAUCUCAGAUUAAAAAAGAUGUCCACACACAACUUGAGCAGACCAGAAAAACCAACAAGAACGUCAAUGGAAUAGCCAAGGAACUCAGGAAGCUUCAUAGGGAAGGGAUCAACAAUGCCACCAACUCCGUCACUGUGGUAGCUGUUCUCUUUGCAACGGUAGCUUUUGCAGCAAUUUUCACUGUACCAGGUGGAGACGAUAACAAGGGGAUGGCAGUAGUGGUGAAUAGCAUCUCAUUCAAAAUCUUCUUCAUUUUCAACGCUAUUGCUCUCUUCACAUCAUUGGCCGUUGUGGUUGUUCAAAUUACUCUGGUAAGAGGAGAAACCAAAUCAGAAAGAAGGGUUGUAGAGGUGAUCAAUAAGUUGAUGUGGCUAGCAUCAGUUUGCACCUCUGUUGCGUUUAUUGCCUCCUCAUAUAUCGUUGUAGGACGUCAUUAUGAGUGGGCAGCUAUCCUGGUUACAGUCGUGGGAGGAGUCAUAAUGGUAGGUGUUCUCGGCACCAUGACUUACUACGUUAUUAAAUCUAAACGGAGCCGUAAUAUCAAGAAGAAGGAGAAAAGUUCGAGGAGGAGUGCAUCCCAGUCAUGGUAUCACUCUGAGUUUUCUGAUUCUGAGGUUAAUCCAAUCUAUGCAAUUUAAUGUGGUAGGGGUAUCCUGGUAAAUAGCAAAUGAUCCAGAUUCUCGUCUGAUAAUUAGGUUGUUAUAAACUAUGAACACUUGGGGUCUGAUAAAUAGGAUUCAAUAAUGUAUAUUUCUCUGCAGUAAUAUGUCUGCAAGUACUUGAAAACUACAUAGAUGACUGACCUUGAAUUAGAUCCCCUUUUCUGUGUCUGGUGUAUGGAGCUUUGUAUAGUUGGCUACAUUUGAAACGAUAAAGCAGAAGUAAGUUGUAGUCCUAUGAAAAUCUUCGUAAUUUAUUCUAAUGGUUCGUUUCCUGAA